AUGGAGCUGAGCGCGGACGACAAGGCUGCGUUUUGCGAUGACCUCCGCUUUGCGAUUGCGCAGCUCGAGCCCGUCGCGCUCGGGAAGAAGAGCACGCUCGAGGUCAAGAACCUCGUCGACGCGUACGCGGUCUUUGGGUACCACAGCGACGACAUCAUCGACCCGCGCGACCAGCUCGUCAUGUUCACGCGCAUUCGCAACGAAAUGAUGAGCAUAUUGCAUUCGAUGACGAGCAAGGGAAAGUACACGAACGCGAUCAUCAUGCGGGACCGGCUGCGCACGAUCAAAGCCGACUUUAUCGCGCUCCAGACCACGUACGAAAAGCGCCGGCAAGGUAUUGAGAACGGCCACUUUGCUGAUGCCGUCUCGCUCGUGCGCGACCAGCACGAAAAAAAGUGGCUCGCGAAACAGCGCGACGUCGAAGCCGACUGCAAUGUGCGGCGGCAGGAGCUGGCCAAGACGCAGCAGAUCCAGACGCGCCAGCUGGAAGACUACCUCGACCGACUGCCAGACCCGCACGUCAAGUACUCGCGGACACUCCUCGAGCUCAAAAACUCCGAGUACUACCUCUCGAAACUCCAGCUCUUUGAACAGGCCAAGAACGUCUACACGCGCGCCGACGCAAUGGAGAAGUUUGAAAAGACCAAGUGCGCUCAAGAACACCACCGGGCCAAACAAAAGCAGCGCGAUGACCUCCGUGUGCAGCACGAGAUUGAGCGCCGGCAGCUCGAAGAAGUUCUCACGGAGAAGAAGUACGGCAGCUACCGCGCCCAGGACUGGGACACAAAACGCGAGGCGCAGCGCCUCAAGAGCUUGAAGCGCGACAUGCACCACUCGCACACGCUUGAGCUCCAGAAGCCCCCGGAAUUUUCAACCCACCCCCUCAGCGCGCCGCGCGUCAACUACCAAGCAACGUCGAGCUCGUAUGGGGGCCAACACUUUCUCGGGGCGGUCCGCGGCGCGCGAUUACAAGUGCAGAGCCUCUGUGCCCUCCACGACGCCGAAGAAAGCGGACCGCUCCCGUCCGGCUCGAUCGUGUACCAUUAA